AUGGAGGUCGAUGUCGCCCGAGGUCUUGCCACUUCACACCUUAUGUGGGACCACCUUCGUCGUAGUUACGAGAUCCGUAACGAAGCGAUGUACCUCGCUGUUGUUGAGGAGGCUCAGUUACUUCGUCAGCUUGAUUCUACAGUUAACGACUUCCACCUUCAGAUGACAACUGCGUGCGGCAUCGUCUCGACGGUUUAUGUCUUUGAGUUCUGCGGUGGUGGCACUUGUCGGUCUUGUGACCACCACCGGGACGAGAGAGACACUUCGCUUUCACGAGUUCCUCCUCGGCUUCGUCCGGAGUUUGAGACUGUCCGGGUGCAGUUGCUGACUCGUCGUCCGCGCUAA